AUGGCCGAGAAGGCAGCCGCUCCAUGGCCCGCGAGCGCGCGCGAGCAGGCCGCCACGCUGCUGCCGGGCAAGCGCGCGAGCGAGCUGCCGAGAUACCGCCGGCGCUACCGUGCUGCUCUCCCUCUCGCUCGCGGUUAUACCUUUGCCCGUCGAGUUCUCCUAAUUCGAAAGCAACGGCGGCGCCACCAGCAGGUUUCCCUUCCCUCAUACCGGUACUUACGCCACCCACCAUCCACCUCGCAGCUCAAGAGGGCGACGCACAGGCGCACAACGGAGUGGGCAUCGAUCUGGGCGGUGCUUCAGCGCGGAGGCGGGCCCAUCUCUUUGAUGACCGGUGAUUUCGCCCACACAGCCUUCACCGGCGCACGGGGCGAAGCAGGCCGAAGUCGAGGUGUGCCACAAGGUCGCAGUGGGCAGGUGCGGCAGCGGCCCCCUCUCUUCGACACCCAUGGCCCUCCCCAGAUCACAUCAUUUGCCGGCGCACGGGCAAAGGCGGUCAGAGCCGAGGAGGACCGGGUCGGGGAGAAGGCGCGACGGCCAGGCCGCAGCCACGAAGGUUGA